GAAGGAGGGACUUUGCUCCAUGUGUAUAACUAGCAGAGAGGAGACUGUGCUUGGGAGUUGCAUAAGGAAACACCAUGCUUUCUUUUAUCCUAACAGGGGUUCUUUCAGCUCUCAUCUUAAUCGUCUUUUCUACAUGGAGAAAAAAAAACAACCUGCCCCCGGGGCCCACUCCAUGGCCAAUCAUUGGCAAUAUCCAUCAAAUAAACAGACUGGCUCCUUAUGAGACUUUAGCACAGUUAGGGGAGAAAUAUGGACCUGUGUACACAAUCCAUUUUGGCUGGAAACCAGUGGUUGUACUGUAUGGAUAUGACACACUCAAAGAAGCCCUUAUUGGCCAAGCUGAAGAUUUUAGUGGAAGGGCCAUUGUGCCAGUCUUUGAAAGGAUUGCUAAUCGGAAAGGGCUGGUCUUCUCAAAUGGAGCCCACUGGCAACAGCAAAGGAAAUUUUCCUUGACUACUCUGCGUAGCUUUGGCAUGGGCAAGCGCAGCAUUGAGGAACGGGUAACUGAGGAGAGCAAAUAUCUGCUUGAAUUCUUUCAGGAAAAGAAAGGGAAACCUUUUAAUCCAGGACCUCGGAUAACAGCAGCUGUCUCUAACGUCAUCUGCUCUAUUGUGUUUGGUGACCGGUUUGAUACAGAAGAUGAGACCUUUCAGACCUUACUCGGGAUGGUUACUGAGAACAUUAGUUUCUUGGGUAAACGUGGGUUCCAGAUGUACAACACAUACCCUGGCAUCCUGAAAUAUCUUCCUGGAGAGCACAACAAGAUUUUUCAGAAUGCUUCCAUGCUACAGACGUUCCUUAGAGGGCUAAUAGACAAUCACACUCUCAGCCGCGACCCUAACUGCCCCCGGGACUUUGUGGAUAGUUUCUUGAACAAAAUGGAUGAGGAAGAGGGUAACCCAGAUUCACAUUUUACCAUGGAAAGCCUGACCUGCACAACAUUUAAUCUGUUUGUCGCCGGGACGGAAACAACUUCCUCUACAAUCCGCUGGGCACUCAGGUUCAUGUUGGCCUACCCAGAAAUCCAAAAAAAAGUCCAGGAUGAGAUUGACAAUGUUCUGGGAUCUGACAAAUGCCCCUCCCUUGAGGAUCGUGUGAAUCUGCCUUACACUGACGCAGUAAUCCAUGAGGUGCACCGAUAUGCCAGUGUUAUCCCUAAUGGCCUCCCACAUGAAGCUCUGUAUGACAUUAAGUUCAAAGGCUACACAAUACCCAAGGGCACUCAGAUCAUUACAUUCCUCUAUUCAGCAAUGAAUGACAAGAAAUACUGGGAUAAUCCUGAGAAGUUCAACCCUGAUCGCUUUCUGGAUGAAGAUCGCAAGUUUGUGAAGAAUGAGGCACAUUUACCAUUUGGAGCAGGCAAACGCUCUUGCAUAGGGGAAGCGCUGGCAAAGACUGAAAUAUUUAUAUUCUUUGUAAGCAUCUUGCAAAAGUUCAAUCUGAAGUCUCCUCCUGGGGAAGGUGGACCUAUUAAAUUGGCUGGAGGAGGGACACGUGCACCCAUACCUUUCAACAUAUGUGCUGAAUGGCGCCUGUGAGAAGGACAUGGGACAGGUCUUUUUACUAAUGCAGGUUUAAUUUUUGGAAAGUUGAAAGGUAUAAACCACACCAAAGGUUCUUAAUGUAUGAAUCUGUCCUGGAUGAGAGUUAAUAAACAAAUUAUGUGCAUGUCUGCUGUCUUUUUGUACUUGCUUGGUGAUUUUUUACUGAAUGCUUUCCUGUGCAUUGAACUGUACAUGUUUAUAAAAUAAAUGACUAUGUAUAUUUGUAAACUG